CUCUAACUUAACAGGAGGUCUUUUCCAGCCUGGUCCCUGAGCUGCGUUGUCUGGCCUCACUUUACCCGACAUUUAAGGAGAUCGGCUGUGUGUGUGUCUCUCCGAGCACUUGGCGCGAGGAGGAGAGGAGAGUUCGGCUGCUCUGGACAAGAUAGUUCCACAAAGGCCCAAGGGGAAACGGGUCCUGCCACACCAAGCCAUGUCUUCCGCAAGCACCUGGGCUCUGCUCCGCCUCCCUUCACCACUGAUCAGGAUAUGCUCUGGGAAGUGGGGGCUCAGGCGUCAGGAGAAGCCAGCACUGCUCUUCCCAGGAACGGCUGCCAGCGCAGUCCAGGUGGCAGGCAGGAAGGACUACCCUGCCCUGCUCCCCCUGAAUGAGAGUGAGCUCGAAGAACAGUUCGUGAAGGGACAUGGCCCAGGGGGCCAGGCCACCAACAAGACCAGCAACUGUGUGGUACUCAAACAUGUGCCCUCCGGCAUUGUGGUCAAGUGCCACCAGACACGAUCUGUGGAUCAAAACAGGAAGAUAGCUCGGCAGGUCCUCCAGGAGAAAGUGGAUAUUUUCUACAACGGUGAAAACAGCCCUGUUCACCAAGAGAAACUCGAGGCUGAGAGGAGAAAGCGAGAGAGGAAGAAAAGAGCGAAGGAGACCCUGGAAAAGAAGAAAUUACUGAAAGAACUGCGGGAAGCAAGUCAAAACGUCGCCGAGGAAAAGGCCGGUGCUGAUGGUAUACCAAGGGGCUCCCGGGAAUAGAGGCCGCGGUGCCCGGCUCCAGCAUCUAAAGAGAACAUUCUGGAACUGGGCAUGGUGGCCUAUACUUGCAGCCUCAGCACUUGGGAGAGCUAAGGCAGGAGGAUUGCUGCAAGGUUCAGAACAACCUCACCUAUAUAGCUAGUUCUGUAGCAGCCUUUCCUGUAUGCUGAGACUGUCCCAAAUGUGUAAGUAGGAGCUGCAGAGAUAGCUUAGCAGUUGAGAGAGCUCGCUGUUCUUGCAGAAGACUCAGGUACAGGUCCUAGUGUUUCACAUGGAGUGGCUCACAACCUGCUGCCUGUAACUACAGCUCCAGGGGACCCAGUACCACCAUCUGGCCUCCAGGAUAAAAUACAUGCUCAUACACAAAAAAUCCUUUUAAAAAUAUCAUUCUGAUGGACUUAACCACACUUUUAUCUGCAUGUUCACAUGCAUGGCAGAAGAGGGAAUCAGAUCCCAUUACGGAUGGUUGUGAGCCACCAUGUGGUUGCUGGGAAUUAAACUUGGGACCUCUGGAAGAGCAGGCAGUGCUCUUAACCACUGAACCAUCUCUCCAGCCCCUAGACUUAUUUUUAACUAGUGGAGUGUGGCAUGUCCACAUGAGUAUGGGUGCACACUGAGGCCAGAGGAGUCAGGUCCUCUCAGAGCUCCAGUCACAGAGGUAGUGAGCUGCUCAACGCUGGUCCCCACCCUGGUACUCUUCAGGAACAGUUUGCACCUUCAACACUGAGCCAUCGCUUCAGGCCCAGCCAUCAGUUUUGUUUGUUUUUUUUAAUGAUUUAACUUUUAUGUAUGUUGUUCUGCCUGCUUGUAUGUGUGUG